AUGUUUUCCAUUCUGAUCACUUUCAUUCUGCUGGUAAACACCAGAGCACUCUCACUGCCCGGAGACCCAUACUACGUCGCUGCACCCGGGUUCCCAACCUCUGCCUUUGCGUACGCACCCUUACACCCAAUUGUCGAAUCCACUGACAAGAUUGAACUCUGUAGCUCGUACUACGACUCGCCAGCUCUACCAACCAAAGAGCCCCAACCUAUCAUCUAUGAUCCAGUUCUGAACUAUGCUUUCCCACUUGAACUGACAAACCCCAACGCUAUACCCGAGAACGCAGACGAGCCGAUCUUCCCCAUUGCACAUGGGGACAUAUCGCCGGUCGAUGCCAAUGAUUUUGUUGAAGUGAUAUCUACCUAUAUCUCCCGUAUCAUCAAACACCGUGGUUCUGAAAGUCAAUGUGACAAAUGCAAGAAGGCGCUUGUUGCAGCCAAACAGGCUGCCCUCUUUACUCCAACACUGGUUCCCGCUGCAAUGAUUAAAAUGUGCAAACUCUUCAGGUUUGCCUCCCACAGGAAAUGUGACGAACAGUAUGCUGCAAAUGCGUUCGGCGCAAUCUGGACCCAGGUUCUUGCCAACGCAGAUGUCGAAGGUCUCGAUGGCCAGUAUAUCUGCCAUUCUCUUCAGAAAGGUUUCUGUCCUCAGCCUAAUACUCUGCCACUGGAUGUUUCGGUCCUUUUCACCAAACCAAAGCCUGCAAAUGCUCAAGCUCCCAAGGCAAGUGGGGAACGGGUCAAGGUUCUUCACAUGUCGGAUCUUCAUCUGGAUGCGCGGUAUGGAGUUGGCUCUGAAGCGAAUUGCUCGUCGGGUCUAUGCUGUCGCAAGGAUAACCAUAAUGCGCUUUCAAAACAUAAUGUCUUCCUUCCUGCAUCGCCUUACGGACAUUUCAAGUGCGAUACUCCGUAUGACCUUGCUCUUGCUGCUUUACAGGCUGUGGAGCCAUUGACUGGUACUGGGAAGGGUUCCUGCGAUGAGCAGCUGGCAUGGACUUUGUAUACUGGAGACUUGCAGGCGCAUGAUCCCGAGAAACAGAUUUCGCAUGAGUAUCUCGAGUAUACUGAGACCAGUAUAUUUGAGAUGUUCAAGAAGUAUCUCACGGGACCUGUCUUCGUUACUCUUGGGAACCAUGACUCGGCUCCGUCCAAUAUCGAUUCGCCCCAUAGUCUUCAAGGACGGCUGGGUGAACAGUCAACUUGGAACUAUAAGCAUGUCGCUGGUCUAUGGCAGCACGAGUGUUGGAUCAGUGAACAAACUGCUGAAGAGGCUGGUAUACACUAUGGUGGCUAUUCUAUCAAAACACACUAUGGAUUGAGAAUCAUCUCGAUAAAUACUGAUUUCUGGUACCGAGCUAACAUCCUCAAUUUCAUCAACACCACCAACCCCGAUAACUCAGGCAUGUUAACCUGGAUGACAAACGAGCUCCAGAAAGCCGAAGACGCAGCUGAACGCGUCUGGAUAAUCGGCCACGUCCUCAGCGGCUGGGACGGCUACAACCCACUACCCAAUCCAACCAACUUCUUCUACCAAAUAAUAGACCGCUAUUCACCACAUGUUAUCGCCAAUACCUUCUGGGGCCAUAACCACGAAGACCAAUUUAUGAUCUACUACGCCAAUAAUGCAAGUGUCAAAUCUUCCGAAACGGCACUUGCGACUGGCUGGGUCAUGCCCAGCGUGACACCGUUGACGAAUCUGAACAGUGGCUUUCGAAUGUACGAGCUCGACACGGGCGACUUUAACGUUUACGAAGCAUAUACCUUUUUCAGUAAUGUUUCCGAGUAUUCGGCGCUGACUGAAACGGGGCCAACGUUUGAGUUUGAGUAUUCUACUCGUGAUACUUAUGGGCCAGCUGCGGGGUGGAACAAGCGAGCCCCGUUGAAUGCCACUUUCUGGCAUCGUGUUACUGAGGCUAUGGAGGAUGAUCUGGAUCUUGUUACUGUUCAGAAUGCUUUGCAAGGAAAAUUGAGUGUUAAGAGUCCUGUUUGUAAAACUUUUGCGUGUCAGAAAGCCAAGAUCUGUUAUAUGCGGAGUGGUAGUGCUGGGCUUGGAUACGAGUGUCCUCAAGGGUAUGGAUCCGUGCAGAGCCCUUUCAAGCCGGAAUAG